AUGGCUCGCCUUGAAUUUGUUUAUCCAUACAAGUUUUUCUCACGUCUUAGAACUUUAUACAUUACGCAUUUUCAGCCAGAAUCAAAUACCGAAAUCACUGAAGACGAGUUUACAGAUAAAAAUGAUUCCACAUUGACCAGUUCAUUGAAAGCUGCAGAAAAGUAUGAAAUGUGUUUACUGGAAGUAGCAUCUGAUUGCAAGAAAAACUAUCAAUUUGGAUUCUUGGAUUUCUUAGCACUAUCUACUGCAUCCAGCCAGUAUAUGCUUGGCAUUGAUGAGGCUGGAAGAGGUCCUGUUCUGGGCCCCAUGGUGUAUGCGUGUGCUAUAUCACCAAUCGUUCGUUUAGAUGAAUUAAAAACUAUUGGACUUGCUGACUCAAAGAAAUUAGAUGAAAACCAACGUGAAAAAUUUUUACAAGAUAUGUUGAGUAAGUGUGACUGGAUAUCUGGAGUUGUGCAUGUCAUUAGUCCUGUAUACAUUACAGAAAAAAUGCUUGAUAGAUCAAAGACGAGUCUGAAUGCUAUAUCCCAUGAUUCUGCCAUAGGUCUUAUUCAAACUGUUUUGGAUCAAGGAAUUAAUCUGGUUGAGGUAUACGUUGACACAGUUGGUAAAGCUGAACAUUAUAAAGCGAAACUACAAGGUCUUUUUCCACAAUUGAAAAUACGCGUUGAAAGCAAAGCUGAUGACACUUAUCCAAUUGUUAGUGCUGCAAGUAUUUUUGCUAAAGUUACUCGUGAUCGGGUUCUUCAAAUGUGGCCGAAAGAGGAACGUGGUAAAAUACCGGAAGACACUGGUAUUGGUUCUGGAUAUCCAGGUGAUCCUGUGACAAAAAGUUAUUUACGUGCAUGUAUGGAUCCAAUUUUCGGAUUCCCAUCAAUUGUACGAUCUAGUUGGUCAACUGCAACCACUCUUUUAUCCCAAUAUGGUGUACCAGUUAAAUGGGAAGACGAUGAAACGCCUGAAGAAGCUGCUGAGGCUAAAAAGCUUGCACGUAAACGUGAACAUUCCAGAGGCACUUGUAAAUUAUCCAACUUCUUCAGUCCUCAGUCGAAAUCAGCGAUGACAGUUAAUGCAUCGCAAAGACAGCCAUUUUUUCUUCGAACUGGCCUAAUGCAUGUACAGAUUAUCACAUAA